UUUAUUCGGAGGUCCAGGUUCCAGACAAAAUUCUACGAUCGAACCUACGAGAACAGACAUGCCCAUCACAUCAAGAGAAUUACUGUGCGAGUUUGGUUCCCGUCCAAUGGAGUCCAAAUUAUGGAACACAUCGAAAUAAAAGGCCUCAAAAAUAUAGUUAUUGACGCCGUUCCUCUUCCAGAGCUUAGCGCUCAGCAUCAAGCCCAGGAUGACCAUAGAAAUAUGAUGCUAGUGGACCUUACAGUGCGCGAGGAUGGUAUUUCACAGGUUCGGGGAACAUAUGGGAUAAUAGAACUCAUUCCCUUGAGUAGCGAUGGUCCGAUUGUUUUAGAUCAAUCGGCAGAAGACCGUGACUUGAAGAAAGUUCUUUGUUAUCAGGGCCUAUACUCAAGAUACUGGCAGGAGUAUGAAUUAAGACGAAACUCGGCAGCAGUUUCGGGAAAUAAGAUACACGACAGCUUGAACGACUGGUAUGUUGGAUGUCUCAAAAGCUUGGAGAGGCGUCGAGAAGAACUCGGAUACUUUUGA